AUGGCUUCUCUCAAAAUAAUGUGUGCCCAAACUAAGGGAAAGAUUUGCAGCGCAUGUUCCUUGAACACGGUUCAUUUCAAGCCAUGGAAUUGGCAAUCGAAUAUGCUGAUCAAAGCAUGGGCAUGGGCCAAAGCCCAAUCAAAGAUCAGGGUUAAUGAGGUGCAUGGCGAGGAAGAGAUCUACAUAGUGGCCAAUGAGAGUUUUGACGUUACGUCAACGGAAGUUGAAGAAGCCACGCAGUCUGGCAAUAUCACAGUGCAGGACGAUGAGGGAACUCUGCUAGCCACUGAUCUUCCGGACUUCGAUGCCCCAGCCGCAGCCUUGAUUUCGGGUGGCCCCAACGCUGCUGGUGGUUCUUCUUCUUCCUCGGGACAAGCCGGAACUCCCAUGCUUGGGAGCACCACUGGUGUCAUGAGCUUCAGGAUGUCGUUCCCUACGAUCUCCAGCACGCAAAGCCCACUACAGAUCCUACCUCAAUUUGUUGAAGUACUUGGCAAAAAGCUUGACAAAUGCACCCAAGAGCUGGACUGGGUCAAGUGUCUAAAGUGUAAACACAUGAACGCACGUUUUUAG